GUUGGAUAGGAUUGCUCAGGCUAGCUCAUUCUUGUCGUCACUGGUGGCUCCUCGCCGUACCUCACUGCUGCCUGCGCAAGCCACCGCAGCGCUCCGCCGUAGCUUGCCCAUGCUAGUGCGAGCAACCGUAGCUCCCGCGCCGGUGCUCACACACGCCCUGCUGAUGCCCACCGCGGCUCGUCGCCCGUGCUUGUGCACUUCCGCAUGCGUCGGCGCAGUUCGUCCUCGCCUCACGGAUGCCUACUCGAGCUCACCGCGUGUUUUCCCCCACGCCUGCGCGCGACACCGCAGCUCUCUGCAGGUCCUGAGCAAGUGCCGUGAUGGCAGAAGCGGCCGGAGGAGAUGCAUGCGUUUGAAGGUCGUGAAGAUGUUGAAUGCAAGCAACAUAUUCUCCCCUGGCGCGAGACGAUUUCUUCCCCUCGGAGUGUAUUUCAAGACGGUGAUGACCAUUCUGAGCAGCAAGGUUGUCGUAUCAACUCCGGGCGUGCUACAUCAAAACGCUACCGCACCUCAGAGCCAGCCGGUGGUUCCUCGAGCACCCAACCGUCUCCAGCAAGUGCAUCUGCAAGCGUUCCUCCACCUCCUCAGCAAUCGAAGCGAUCCGCCAACAAGCCAAAGGGGAAGACUGUGACUGAGAUGACC